AUGAAAGUUGCUUCAAAGCCGAGAGGAAGGAGUGUUAUUCCUGAUGUGCAGAAUGUUUCUGAAAGUACUGAUACGUCUGUUUACAAACCACAGUUUGUCUCUGCAAUUGCUCAAGACAAGUGGUCUACAACGGUGAGACGUGAGUUGAUCGUACAGCGAUCGGUGGAUGAGAAUCAAUUGAAUUCAGUCUGUGAUGUAUUGCCUCUGCUGAGUGAGGUUGGUCUGCUGAAGACAGUGACAUCCAUUUGUCCUUACUCAAAGUUUCUAACUUACGAAUUCUACUGCAACCUAAAUGAGGAGAUUGAUAAUCUUACUGGUGAGAAGUGCCAGCAAAUCUUCAUUAGGGGUAAGUGCUCUCAAUUUACCUCCAAGUUUGUUAUUCUACACCGGAUUGCUUUGCACAACUGGCUUCCAUCAGCACAUUUUCAUACAGUUGGAAAGACUCUAGCUGCUCUUCUGUUUCGAGUUGGCACCAAGAUGACCAUUGAUUUAGGGCGAUUGAUCUUUUAUCAUAUUCUCACAUUGAUACAUCCCAGGGAACAGAAGGGCUUGAUUCCGAUGCCAAGUGAAGUCAUUGCUCAUUCUCUCCUAUAUACUGUGGAUCCACGCCUUUUGACUGGCAAACACAUCAGGGAUGUUACACCUGUUGAUCCUCCGCAUACCUCUAAGGCUGAUGCUACUGUUGAAGAUACCCCAUAUGCUCGAGAUGUGCAGCUAUCCCUGCGACUAAAGGCUCGUGUGUCUGAGCUGGAGACUGUGAGUAAUAUUAUCUCAAAUCAGCUCAAUGCGGCCCGCACUGAACUUUCAACUAUUCUACUUCGAAUGAGUUUGACUGAGUCUUCUGCUGGUGAAAAUGUGAAGACUGACAGUGAAGGUCCCUCAAAUGCUUAA